AUGAGCUCUCCCGCUGGCCCCGGAGGGUCUGAUGGCUCCCGUUCUAGUCCAGAAGAUAAGAUAGCCACAACAUCUCCAUCGUCAUCUGGGAGAUCCCCACAAAGCAAUAUGUCUGCCGACGAGGUGUAUCAGCAAGUGCUUGCGACUUCCGUCGCGAACGCGAGUACGUCAAUGGCCUCACCUUCGACUCAGGCAGCUGCUCAGCCGGUGCCAUACUUUCGACUGGCGGACCUCCCCGGCGAGUUGCAGUUGAUGGUCCUGAGAGAACUCGAUCCAGAGUCUCGAGAAGCAAGAAAUAUGGCUGUCACAAGACGAGAAUACCGAGAUAUGGCAAUGGCUAGAUACUGGUCAGUCAUUGAGCGCGACGAAUCCAUUCGCCAGCUUCUUACCCGUCCACCCAACGAGCAACAACUCUAUGCCAAUUUAAUCCAUGAACUGCGUAUCAAUGGAAACGCUUUCACCAGCAACGACUUUGCCAAUCUGAGAUUCAAUGCUCUAGAAAAGCUUGAGAUUGAACAGAAGGCUCCACACCAUGGGAACACCCUGACAGAUAUUUCGAGCUUCAUUGGACCACGCUUGAAGACACUUUCAGUUGAGGAUAGUCCAUACUCGGAUCAGCAGAGUCAUCUCAGAGUAGCCAAUUUCUUUCCCAUCCUCACUCGUGCGCCAGGUCUCCGGAAGCUUAUCUUCGCAUGUAGCACCGAUGCAGGACCACAGGAUCUUCUGGACGCUCUCCGAACGUUACCAAGAUUGGAAGAGCUUAUUCUUGGCCGCAACGGCAUCGACCCCAAUCCCUUGAGGAUUGAUCACGAGGUGCUGAGAUUUGUUGCCACCAACCCGAGGAUCAAACGCUGGUCUUACGAAGGCGGUUACACAGACGAUCUGGUGAUACAAGCUUUGCAAGGCAUACCAUCAAAGCAAGGUCUCUUUCUCGGACUGUCAGAUCCCAUAAUCUCGCUCUCUACAAGUGUAGCAAAUCGUCUCCUUCCGCGUAUGCACUUGCUGAAAACUUUGUACCUUUUCCCCAACGACGAAGGCGACAUCUUGGAUGCUGUUUCGAGGAUGCCUCAACUAGAGAAUCUUCACUUCUACCCCAUGAAUAUCAGACCGCCACCGCCUCUAACAACUCAACGUCUAUCACGUUUGUUAUCAAUGAAUCUGAAGACGUUGAGUUUGGUUGGAUCUAAUUAUGGUUAUGGUUCGGAUGGCUCAGCCAUUGCCCUGGAUGAUUUUUCGCACAUCUUCGGCUCUCACCAGACACUGGAGUCGCUCGAACUUAGUUGGCAAGAAGGUACACACUUUUAUGAGGACCUUGGGGGCGUCCUGUGGCGACUGGCUAACGCCUAUCCCCAUCUGAAGACCUUGAAACUACCCAAGGCAUCACUUGACCCAAGUCAUUUCGAAGAUUGUCAAGCUGCAAGUGUGACAGCGUGGCCGAGCUUGACUAGCUUCUCGGUGUUUGAAGUACUAGGUCCUGAGGACCCAAGCAACCAUCAAGCGCUUCUCAGAGUCUACGCUCGUGCUAUUCACGACUUUUUCCCCUCGCUCGCAAGUCUCGGAGCCGAGCAGAAUCAGCCAUACGUCCGCAUGAUCGAGGCGGAGAAGCGUCGCCUCUUUGAUUAG